AUCUCUCUCCACUAGCUUCUUCUCUUUUCUUCCAACAACUUAACCUCUCUAUAAGUCGUAGGUUUCAUGUUCUUUCAACACACUCAGCACAAACCUUUUUGAUUUAUCAUCAUUAUUAUUUUAUAUAUAUUCAACUCCACGCAUCUUAUUUAGACAGACAUAGAGAGAGAAAAAGAAACAAACACAACUAGAAGUAGAGAGAGAAAGAGAAUAUUUAAAAGUUUAGGAAACUCAAAACAAGUCCUUUUGUAGCAAAUAGGCAUUACCCCCGCCCCCACGCCACCCACCCACCCACCCCACUGAUGAGAGGAGCUGACCCAUAAAAAAUCUGCAAAAAAUUUCAACUGUUUUAAUUUGCAUUUUAUAGUUUUGGGAUAUUUGGAUUUCUUGGAGUUUAGAGAAAUGUGGGAUCUGAAUGAUUCUCCUUAUCAACGAAGAGAUAUUGAAGAAGCAGAAGGUUGUUCUUCUCCUAUAGAGAUUGAAGGUGAUGAUGAGAAAGGUAAACGGGUCGGAUCCGUUUCGAAUUCAAGUUCAUCAGCAGUAGCUAUUGAUGAUAACAUUUCUGAAGAUGAAGAUGGAGAAAAAGCGAAGAAAAAAAGAAGUACUCCUAGCAAAAUUUUCGGGUUUUCAAUGGUGGGCCCUGGUAAGGGCGAUGAAGAACAGGAACAGCCGGUAACCCGUCAGUUUUUCCCUGUUGAUGAGUCUGACACAACGGGUGCUGCUGCUGUAAAUGGAUCAACGAAUUUUCCAAGAGCUCACUGGGUUGGAGUUAAAUUUUACCAAAAUGAGCCACUUGGCAACACGGGAUUGGUUAAGCCUAUAGAUGUGGUUCAGCAGCAGCAACAACAGCCUAUGAAAAAGAGCCGACGUGGACCAAGGUCUAGAAGCUCACAGUAUCGUGGGGUUACCUUUUACCGGAGAACUGGCCGGUGGGAAUCACAUAUAUGGGAUUGUGGAAAGCAAGUUUAUCUAGGUGGAUUUGAUACUGCACAUGCAGCAGCUCGGGCAUACGACAGGGCAGCUAUUAAAUUCCGAGGAGUGGAGGCCGACAUAAACUUUAGCUUAGAGGAUUAUGAGUCCGAUUUGAAACAGAUGACAAAUUUAACGAAGGAAGAAUUUGUGCAUGUGCUUCGGAGACAAAGUACUGGAUUUCCGAGGGGAAGCUCCAAGUAUAGAGGGGUGACUUUGCACAAAUGUGGUAGAUGGGAAGCUAGAAUGGGACAGUUCUUAGGCAAAAAGUACGUUUAUUUGGGACUCUUCGAUACUGAAAUUGAAGCUGCCAGGGCGUAUGAUAAAGCUGCCAUCAAGUGUAAUGGGAAGGAAGCAGUUACUAACUUUGAUCCUAGCGUUUAUGAAAAUGAACUGAACUCAACUGAAUCUACCGAUAAUGCGGCAGAUCACAAUCUGGACUUAAGCUUGGGUGGUUCAAGCUCAAAGCAAGGAAGUAGAGAAAUAGGAGAUAAUAGAGGUCAAAAUGCGUCACCUAUGCAAUUUGAUUUUGAUUGGAGGCAACAUGGCUUAAGGCCUGAGAAGCAAUCUGCCCCAAUCGAUGCUCGAAGAAAAGAUAAUGGGUACAAUGAAACAGAAACCUUGCAACUAUUGAGCCAGACGCACUUGCAUUCUCCGGUCUCCUUGAAGCAUAAUAACAAUAGUCAGGUGCAACGGUUUGGCCAAUAUAUUAGACCUGGUGAUCAAUCCCAUAUGAUCCAAAUGUUUCCACCACAAUACGGCUCAUCAAAUUAUCAAAUUCCAUUUCCAAGCGGCAGCAAUGGAGGGCGAAUUGGAGCUAUAAAUGUAGGAGAUCUAUCGCUAUCAACAAGCAACGGUUCUUCACAGUGGCAAUCCAAUUUUCCUCCACAGAUAUUUGCAGCUGCUGCAGCAUCAUCAGGAUUCCCCCAGCAGAUAAUAAGACCUCAAAAUUGGUCAUCAGAAAAUGGCUUCCAUCACUCUCUCAUGAGACCCUCUUGAUCAUACUCCACUUCAUGACUUGCCAUUUUCUUCUUGUGUUUUUAUAAGCUUUGUAAAGAGUAAAGGGUUGAGAUUAUUUAUUACUCCAUAUUAAUUACCCAAGGAUCUUGGGUGCAACCCUAAAAAAAAUAGAAAAAAAGGGUGGACAAAAGUUUUGGGAAAUUCUAACUCUUUGUAAAAGUAUGUCUCCACAUUUGUCGAAUACUAACUGAAGGAAAGAUUUUCAACUAGACUUCUAUUAGAUUCUUCUGA